AUGAGCGCAGCAAUCGCAAUGGCUCCUUCUCCGGCACCACACGACAGGCCAGCAUAUGCUGAUCUCGCGCCUGCUACUACUGCGAGUGCACCCCCCGCUGUUGCACUAGCACCUCCACCUUCGACCUCGCCCGCCGCAACUCGACCAUCGGCAACUUCAUCGACACCAAAUGUUACUCGUACAGGUAGCGGCAGCCCGACCAGAGCUGGCCAACAUUCCAAGUCAUCUCCUAAUGCUCGAAAUGCACCAAAUUCUUCCACUGCUCCAAAGAUCGUCGUCAAGAAGGAGCCUGGAUCUCCAGUGAUUCCUCCCCCUCGCCACCGGCCUCGAAAACUCGAUCUUUCCAAGGGUGGUCUGGCCGGUUCGGGAGCACAGACGGCUAGACUUCCGGGCGAAAGAGACGGGCUUGGAAUUAUGGAGGUUGGACUCGCCUGUUUGUCUCCCGGCUUCGUCACACAGGACCCUGCCAUGAAGGAGCAGUUGCAGCGCAGUAUGAGCGUGCGAGAGCAGCAGCGCCAGAUCAUUGAAGCUCGUCUCCAGCAACAGUCAGCAAAGGGCGAGCGGCCAGACACUGGCAAGGAUAAGGAUAUUUCGAAUCAGUUUGCAGCCAAGACCCCCGGCAUGUCGAGACGCAACAAGGCGCCUCCAGGAUUGAGCAUUGUCGCUCCAUCUCACGAAGUAUUUGCCAACGAGCGUGUCAUUCAAUCAGCUCCUCUGGGUCAAACCUUUACCGGUAGACAUGACCCGCACCCACUGACCAGACACAUCACCAACCAGCCCUCGAACCUCUCGAGCACCUCGCAUAUCCACCACGUGCCUGCACAGCAGACGGCAAACCGAUUGCCUCCGAUCGCAGACGUUUUUGGCUCUGGAAUUUCGCACCACGAGGCCAAUGGGCGCAGCGGUCUGUAUCCGACCUCGAGCCACGGUCCUCCUGCUUCGCCAGGUCACCCCCCUCAGCCACUCCAGCAAACCCAGGCACCGCUGUCGAGCCGCCCUCGGGAGUAUAGAUCCGCCGAAGAGGCUCAACAUGAACUGGCUGGUGGACGAGCAGAACUUUUGCCCAAACUUGUGCAUUACACUGCCCACCAGCCACCGACGCCGCCGUCUCCAAGGACUGGGGUUCCUCAGCACGACCAGAGUCGCAGCGCUAGCAAACGGCGCCGUGCAGACUACGAAGAGGGCGCCAGCCCGCCUCUAGGACAUGGACCUGCUGCUACCAGACGAACUGGGCCCUUCGGCAGCGGCCGUGAUAGCCCCGAGACACAACGUGCCAAGAGAGACGAGUUUCUGCGCCUCUGCGAAAGAGCUUGGGAUCUUUUCCACUCUUGA